CCUGUGCACUGGAAGAACUGAACAAGUUUAGUCCAAUUUUCAUUGAAAAUGGCUGCAGUACCUGUACAUCGUAGCAAUGUUUGUGAAAUAUUGGCUAAAUUGGGUGUAUCGGAAUACAUACCAGAUUUGAGAAAAGGAGAGGGAGUCCAUGAUAUUGAAUUUGUCGAGAACAGUAUGAGCUACGAUGAGUUUUUCCGUUCAUUCUUGUUGCCGAACAAACCUUGUUUACUCGGCAAGCACGCAACAGAACAUUGGCGCAGUGUAAAAGAAUGGGUGUUGAAUGACGGCACGCCAAACUUUGAAUACAUUGAGGCAGCAUUUGGUGAUGUUACAGUACCUGUGGCUAAUUGUGGGAAAGAAAAAUACUAUGCCCAACCCAAGCAAGACAUGAAGAUGUCAGACUACCUCCAAUACUGGAAGAAACACAUUGAGAUGGACCACAACUCUCCAGAAGGAUGCCUCUAUCUCAAAGACUGGCAUUUUACAAAAGCAUUUCCUGAUUAUGGUGCAUACACUACACCCAUUUACUUCAAAUCUGAUUGGCUGAAUGAAUUCUGGGAUCACAGACAAGACCAGCAAGGGGAUGACUAUCGCUUUGUGUACAUGGGACCUAAAGGUUCAUGGACCCCAUUCCAUGCAGAUGUGUUCCGAUCCUACAGCUGGUCAGCCAACAUCUGUGGCAAGAAAAGAUGGCUUUUCUAUCCUCCUGGAGCUGAGGACCAUCUCAGAGAUACCUUAGGCAACCUUGCUUAUGACGUCACCUCCCCAGAGAUAGACGAUUUGACAAAAUACCCACAUCGUCACAAGGCGGGGGAGCCCUUAGAGGUCAUUCAAGAGUCGGGGCAGGUCAUCUUUGUUCCUAGCGGCUGGCAUCAUCAGGUUUUUAAUCUUGAGGACACUAUUUCUAUCAAUCAUAAUUGGCUGAAUGGUUGUAACCUAGACAUCACCUGGAGGUUCUUACAGUCAGAGUUGCAGGCUGUCCAGAAGUCUAUUGAAGACUGCAGAGACAUGGAGGGAUGGGCAGACCAAUGCCAGCUCAUUAUGAAGGCCAGCACUGGGAUGGACUAUGCAGAGUUCUUCAAUUAUCUUCAUAUCAUAUCAUCUCAUCGAUUGCAGUCUUGCAAUGAGAACAGAACAGACUCAACAAACACAGUCUCUAGUAGGGAUAAGAGUGACACUCCAAAUGUGGACUCCCUGGGGACACAUCAGGUCGCUUCAUGUGCUGUUGGAUCCAGUGAAAGAGCACCCGUGCUAACAAAUAUCAAUGAUGGAAAUUUGAGUGUAAAUCAUUUUGUGUUUGAUCUGUGGAGGAUACAGCAGAUACUGGAGGACAUGAUUGGAAAUCAGGAAUUCAAAGAAAUAGAUUCCAGACUUUCGCAAAAGCCGGAAAAUCUACUGCAAGAUAUAAGAACUGAGUUGGACAUAGCAUGAUGUGGGGAAUUUGGAAAGGAGGCAGUUAUGUUUAUGUCUCUCCCUCGGACAAAGAAUUGUGUACAUGUCUAUAACUUCUCUCUUUCUCUAUAUUUAAUUCUAUUUAUGCUAGAAAUAUUGAAUUUAUCUUUCACAUUGCAUCUCUCUCUCUCUAUCUCUCCUC